AUGGAAGCAGCGGCUGUAGAGUUACCUUCGCCUCCGCGAAUAAGCGGUCCAACUGGCAAAUCCCCGAAGAAACGAUCGGCAGUUCAAGGCACAUCUAAGGCACGUUCGAAGCGACAAGGCGCAAAAGUAAUGAAGAACCAUCCUAGCUACUCUCAAAUGAUAAAGGAAGCAAUUGUUGCCCUGAAAGAUCGUAAAGGUUCAAGUCGAGUGGCAAUCUUCAAGUAUAUCUCUGGUCAUUAUCAGUUGGGUGAUAAUGGCAAACGUGUACAUUCUCAACUUCGAUUAGCAAUCAAGAAAGGUAUUGCAUCUGGAAAGUUGACGCUUGCAAAAGGUGCUGGUGUGAAUGGUUCAUUCAGACUUGGUACUACAACUGAAACUAAGACUAAGAGAGGACCACAUAAGCAGAAGGAGAUAACAUCGAAGAAAGAAAAGAAAAAUUAA